GUGGAGAGCCUGGUAUAAGAGGAGACCAUGGGGAUCCUGGAAUUAACAGUAAUGUCUCUGGUCCAGAGGGUGAAAAAGGAAAGCCAGGGCAGCAGGGAGAACCGGGAACAGAUGGAGUGCCAGGAGAGUCGGGUGCAGAGGGCACUGAUGGUGCAGAAGGUCGGAAAGGCCCCCAGGGUUUAACGGGUGAGCAAGGAGAUCGUGGUGAACCUGGUUAUCCAGGAGAUCCUGGCCUACAAGGCUCACAGGGUCUAAGAGGAUUACAAGGGAUCAGAGGCCCUCCAGGACCACAAGGAAUACCAGGCCUUCGGGCUAAUCCAGGAGCGCCAGGUGCUGCAGGCGCUCCUGGGAAUCCAGGGCCCAGAGGACCAAAGGGUGAACCUGGAGAUCCUGGUGAGAUGGGUCUGCUGGGACCCACUGGCCCAAGGGGGAUGCCUGGCCUAGAUGGCAAUGAUGGCUAUGGUCCUGCAGGAAACAAAGGAGCAAAGGGAGAAUCUGGAUUCCCAGGAUACCCUGGUCCACAGGGAGAAGAUGGUGAUCCAGGCAGUCAAGGAGAUAGAGGGUCCAAAGGAAUUAGAGGAAAAAGGGGCAAUGCUGGCUUUCCAGGUUCAGAGGGAAAUCCAGGGGACCAAGGGCCACCAGGACCACAGGGCACCAAAGGACCAAAAGGCACCAUAGCCAUGGCACCUUGUAGACUUGUUAAUUUCACACGAGAAAACUGCCCUUGUUUAUCAGGUACAGCCAAAUGUCCAGUAUAUCCCACUGAAUUGGUGUUUGCCCUCGAUAUGUCUGAAGAUGUUACCCUAGCAGCAUUUGAAAGAAUGAGGGAUAUUGUGAUAUCUUUGCUGCGGGUCAUCAAGCUCAGCGAAAGCAACUGUCCGACUGGUGCCCGCGUCUCCAUAGUUUCAUAUAAUACCAACACAAAGUACCUCAUCCGAUUCUCGGAAUUCCAGAGGAACAACUUGCUGCUGGAAGCAGUCCAGAGAAUACCGCUGGAGAGGUCCUCGGGCAGACGCAAUAUUGGAGUGGCCAUGAGAUUCAUUGCAAGGAAUGUGUUCAAGCGGAUUCGUCAGGGUGUUCUCGUAAGAAAAGUUGCCAUAUUUUUCACCAGUGGCCCAUCACAGGAUGCUACCUCCAUCAACACAGCAGUGCUGGAGUUCAGUGCCCUGGAUAUCACUCCUGUGGUGAUUGCCUUCAGUGAAGUCCCUAAUGUCAGACGUGCCUUCUCGAUGGAUGACACUAGAAGAUUUCAACUCCUUAUUUGGGAAAGGCAGCAGGAUGAGCGCUUGGAAAGCAUCACCUAUUGCACACUCUGCUAUGAUAAAUGCAAACCAGAUACAAACUGUGAAGUGACAGUUCCCCCACCAGUCCUGGUGAACAUGGACAUCACUUAUGUCAUAGACAGCUCUGACAGCAUUGACAGUGAUGAGUUUGAGAGAGCCAAAGACUUUGUGAGUACGAUGCUCGAUCAGUUUGUUAUCACCUCACAGCCAAGGGGAUCGGAUGAAGGGGCAAGGGUGGCACUGGUGCAGCAGGCUCCUCGAAGCUUUAUCUCCAACAGAAACACAAGCCCAGUGAACAAAGAGUUUGAUCUGAUCACGUACAGUGGUAAAAAUUUGAUGAAGAGACAUAUCCAAGAGUCUGUUCACCAGCUGGAAGGGCCAUCUGCCAUUGGUCAUGCUCUACAAUGGACAAUUGACAAUAUAUUUUUCAAAGCCCCCAAUCCGAGACAACACAGGGUCAUAUUUACAAUACUUGGAAGUAAGACGAGUUCGUGGGACAGACAGAAACUGAGAGAGGUCUCACUGCAAGCCAAGUGCCAAGGAUUCAUCAUGUUCACCCUAGCACUUGGAAACGAUGUUACCAGCAGUGAGCUGACAGAGCUUUCGAGCUUCCCAGCAGAACAGCAUCUAGUGCAGCUGGGCAGGGUUCUGAAACUUGAAAUGGAGUAUGCUCAGAAGUUUAGUCGUGUCUUCCUAAACCUCCUAAAACGGGGAAUGAACAGUUAUCCUUCUCCAGAACUGCAAGAAGAGUGUGAAACCUUAAAUCGAGGAGAUGCACAACAGCAAGUAGCUGUUCUGGAGAGGAUGCCUUUCCCUGAAUUUGGUGGAAUUGACGGUGGUGGGACUUUGGAAGAGCUAAUGGAAAGCAGAGUCAUAGAAGAAAUUACAGAAGCCACUCAGGAACCUGUAGAUGUCAGAGAAGAAGAGAAAUAUGAUUUUGAGGAGGAGUACUUCACAGAGGACACUGCCGAAGAGGCCAAGCUAGAGGAAUAUGGAGAAGCCCCAGAGAAGAAAGAAGAAAACUUAGAGGAGACAGUAGAAACUGGAGCUGCAUAUGCUUACUAUGAUGCUUGUGCAGUGGAUCAUGAUGGAGGAGAGUGUCAAGAUUACACUCUGAAGUGGUAUUAUGACAAAGAGCAGAAAGUCUGCACUCCAUUCUGGUAUGGCGGCUGUGGAGGCAACAAAAACAGAUUUGAAACUCAAGAGGAAUGUGAAGCCUUGUGCAUAGCAUCUUCCUAGAGUGGAGACAGUCAAACCACUUCACUUCUUCAACUAUGCUAUAAGGACAAUGGGGAAAAAGAGAUUAAAAGAAAAAGCUCUAAGUUAACAAUACUGCUUCUAAAUUUCAGGUAAAACAAAUACAUCCUUAUUAAAAUCCAUGUGACAAGAGGGCA